CCGUCAAAUUUCUUUCUUCAGAAAAAGGAUAGCAUAAAAGCAGGUUCAAUAUUUUCUUAAUCACAGGAAAAUUUGCUUUCUCCCCAAAGUGUGUCAUUGUUUUGUUGAUCCGAAACACCAUGACCAAACAGCAAGCAAACUGGUCUCCCUACGAUAACAAUGGAGGGACGUGUGUUGCGAUUGCCGGAGCCGACUACUGUGUGAUUGCGGCCGACACUCGAUUGUCCACUGGAUACAGUAUUCUUACUCGCGACAGCUCCAAGAUUAUUCAGCUAGCGGACAAAUCUGUGAUGGCCUCUUCAGGUUUUCAGGCUGAUGUUAGAGCUUUGCAGAAGGUCUUGGCUGCUAGACACUUGAUUUAUCAGCACCAACAUAACAAGCAAAUGAGUUGCCCAGCCAUGGCCCAACUGCUGUCUAACACCCUGUACUACAAACGUUUCUUCCCGUAUUAUUCUUUCAAUGUCCUUGGUGGCCUCGACAGUGAGGGUAAGACUAUAGGAAAAGGCUGUGUCUUCACAUAUGAUGCCGUUGGAUCUUAUGAGAGGGUGGGGUACAGUGCCCAAGGCUCUGGUGCUACUCUUAUCACACCAUUUUUGGACAACCAGCUUAAGUCUCCAAGUCCUCUCUUAUUGCCUGCUAAGGAUGCGGUGACUCCACUUUCUGAGUCGGAAGCCAUCGACUUGGUGAAAACUUGUUUUGCAUCAGCUACAGAAAGAGAUAUAUACACGGGAGACAAGUUAGAAGUACUUGUACUGAAUGCUAGCGGUAUACGGCGUGAGUUCAUGGAGCUUAGGAAAGACUAAUGUCCAGCAGCUUCUGACUUCCCUUGCCCUACCUAUUUAUAUCUUGAGCGGUAGACGACUGCCAGUUUGUGUUUUUGUUGUCUGAUGGCACUUCAAUGACAUUUGUUACAUCCAACUUGAAUCUUCAUGCACUAUUAUUUAAUAUGGUGGUGUUGAGACAUCUGUACUAGAAACAUGGGUCUUUCUGUUGCGUUUUUAUGUGUUUUUUAUGAUUCUAUGAACUGUCAUUAAUGCUACAUUUUGGCGUUUUCAACAAAAGAACUGGGUAAGAAAAUGGACAGGGG